ACCGGCGGCGAUACGUUACUUGUGUUUCCCGUGUGUGUGUGGUCGGUCCGGUCGGGCGUAACGCACGUCUCGCUGCGCUCCAUCCGAUCACUCCGAAGACGAGCGGUGGUUCCGUCCGCGCGCGCCCGAUAAUAGUAAUAGUAUUCGCGGAAACCGUCGUUGCGAUCUCCUUGGUCGUUACGCGCUCGUUAUCGAGGAGACCCGGCGCGUUCGUUUUUCGUUUCCAGUAAUUCUUCUGUCGUAUAUAUAUAUAUAUAACUUCUUUUACUUUUUUCGCCGCCUUUUUCGAUACUCCCGUAUCGCCACCGCCGUUUCAGAUGCAUCCGGUUUACGCGCAUCCGUGUCAGUGUGCGUGUGUGCGCGUUCGUUUGCGCGAAAGCGGUCCGAGUUUCGCGUGAAAAUCUGUUGCAACGGGACUACAAUCGCUUCGGUGACGGUGCGCAUACUACGCGGAAAAUAUCCGACCCGGUGAAGUAUCGUAUCGUUGUGUCGCGCAAAGUGCUCGUUCGCCGGUUUUUUUUUUUUCAUUCGCACGCGUUCUUCGCCGAUCGCCGUGUCGACACCCGUCGUCGUUCAAAUCGUCGUUCGAAGCCGCCAUCGACUCGGACCAGAUUACGAAUCGCAACUCGGCCAGACCGUCUGUGAUAUCGUCUUAAUAAGAUCACUUUAACAUUUGAAUUAGAUAAAAAUUCAUCGUUUUGGUAUUGCUGAUUUCGUUGGUACAGAUAAUCUGAGUUCACCAUUAAACAAUUAUUACUUCAAAAAAAUGUUUCUCGAAUUUUGACAAGGACGAAUUUGAAUUACAAAUCGAGUCAGAAACAAGGUGUAACCGGAACAACGUGUAAGAAUGGUGAUGACGUCCGGUUGCCAAUCUCAUGGACAGCAUCAGAAGUUCAUUGCGUUGCUGAUACUAUGCUUUUUGGAUUGCGGUCAAGGUGACGGUAAAGGAAAACGAGAGAUAAUGGGUACAAAAAGCAAAAAUGGUCAUACAGGAACGAACGGUAACGCGGAUUGGCAGCAAUUAUGGUAUUCGAGCUUCGAUGACUUCCAAAAGCUUACCGAGCCUCUUUUGGACAAUACUACAGAAACUAACCUCACAGUACCUUUUGGCAGUACAGCUUACCUUCACUGUCGAGUUAGAAAUUUAGGUGAACGAACGAUAUCAUGGGUUCGUCGCCGGGACUGGCACAUUUUGACUUCCGGCAUGUUCACGUACACAAAUGACGAGAGGUUCACCGUGUUGCACGCCGAGGGAUCGGACGAUUGGACACUACAAAUAAAAUACGUGCAGAAAAGAGACAACGGCACGUAUGAAUGUCAGAUAUCCACUGGAACUGGGAUAAUGUCAUCAUUUAUCAAUCUUCACAUCGUUGUUCCAGAAGUCCACAUCGAUGGGCCAAGUGAACUCCAUGUGGAUAUGGGGAGCAUAAUAAAUCUUCUUUGCAUCAUCGAAAAAAGUCCUCAACCUCCACAAUAUGUGUUCUGGUAUCAUAAUGAAAAGAUGAUCAACUAUGACAAUAGCAGAGGCGGUAUUGUAGUCAACUCAGAAAAGGGAGGCCGUAGUUCCAGCAGGCUGACCAUACAUGAUGUCAUUGACACCGAUAGUGGCAAUUACACAUGUCAAGCUGCAAACGCAGAACCCGCUUAUGUUUAUGUUUUUGUUUCCGAAGGUGAUACUAUGGCUGCCAUAUCACGUCGGAAAUCCACGGCUUCAGGAAUUGAAGUGAUGCUAUGGUUUGUUGCAUUACCGCUAAUGGUUAUAUCCGUUAGAUAAGGGAAAAUAAUAUAAUUGUUUUGGUAAUAAUAA